AUGAAAGUCUACUUCAUCCUCGGCGUUUUCCGGGGCCACGGUAUCACCCUCGGCCGCUACGCGGUUAUACGCGUCCUCGAGCUCUUGGGACUGUUCCAAAACGAGUGCGUGGGACCGGGCAUCAAGCCCUCGGCAUUCUUCGAGGAUCCUAGAAAGAAUGGAUUCGGCGUGGCUCGACCGGCUAGCCUCUUCGGCGGCAAGUCGAGCCUCGUAAUCCUGUCCUGCAGGAAAUAUCAAUACCAGCGCCACAGCAGGGCGGGGAAGGAGCUCGGCUUCAUCAAGGGAGAAGACAUCCUCGAAGAAUAA